AUGUCUCAGUGUCUUGUGAAUAGGAAGUUGAAAUACAGUGGUAUGCAGAAGGCUGGCUCAGUCGGAGCCUUGGAUUGUCCUCCGGAUAGAUGUUUGUGCAGGUUGUAUUUGAUUCCAGUUGGCCAUGAAAAGCUGGUUGCUCUAAAGAAUGAGAAUAUACUUGGUUUGGCGUUUACUAGAACUAUCUGGGGAACAAAUCUUGGCGUGGCCCCCAAACCAAGCAACAAAGAUUUGGAAGUGGAGCAAAGUGGGAUGUGGUGGUGGCUCGGGGAGGGAGAGAAGGAGGAAGGAACAGCUUUGUGCAGUGAGCUCAACAACAUUGAUCAGGUAGCAGGCCAGUUCGGCAGCGCCAGUUGGAGACACAGAUGGGGACAAUCAAAGAAGAUGCAGAUUGGACGACUGAUUAUUGGACAGAAUGGAAUCUUGUCGACACCUGCCGUCUCCUGCAUUAUCAGGAAGAUCAAGGCAGCUGGUGGAAUCAUUCUAACAGCCAGUCACUGCCCUGGAGGACCAGGGGGCGAGUUUGGAGUGAAAUUUAAUGUUGCCAAUGGAGGUCCUGCACCCGAUGUUGUCUCAGACAAAAUCUACCAAAUCAGCAAAACGAUUGAGGAAUAUGCUAUAUGUCCUGAUCUCCGAAUCGACCUAUCUCGACUAGGAAGACAAGAAUUUGACCUAGAGAACAAAUUCAAACCAUUCAGAGUGGAGAUAGUGGACCCAGUGGAUAUCUAUCUCAACCUCCUUCGGACCAUCUUUGACUUUCAUGCCAUCAAGAGUUUGCUGACUGGGCCCAGCCAACUGAAGAUUCGCGUUGAUGCAAUGCAUGGAGUUAUGGGACCUUAUGUGAGAAAAGUUCUGUGUGAUGAACUGGGGGCCCCAGCCAAUUCUGCAAUAAACUGUGUUCCCCUGGAAGACUUUGGAGGGCAGCACCCUGACCCAAACCUGACAUAUGCAACGACUCUUCUGGAAGCAAUGAAAGGAGGAGAAUAUGGAUUUGGAGCUGCAUUUGAUGCUGAUGGGGACCGUUAUAUGAUCCUAGGCCAAAAUGGCUUCUUUGUGAGCCCUUCUGACUCCCUGGCCAUCAUUGCUGCCAACCUCCCUUGCAUUCCGUAUUUCCGUCAGAUGGGGGUCCGUGGGUUUGGGAGGAGUAUGCCAACCAGCAUGGCCCUGGACAGAGUGGCCAAAUCAAUGAAGGUCCCUGUAUAUGAGACCCCAGCUGGAUGGAGAUUCUUCUCAAAUCUGAUGGACUCAGGACGGUGCAAUCUGUGUGGGGAAGAGAGCUUUGGCACUGGCUCUGACCACCUCCGAGAGAAGGAUGGCCUGUGGGCUGUCUUGGUCUGGCUCUCCAUUAUUGCUGCCCGGAAGCAGAGUGUGGAGGAAAUUGUCCGAGAUCACUGGGCCAAAUUUGGCCGCCACUACUAUUGCAGGUUUGACUAUGAGGGGUUGGAUCCCAAGACGACAUAUUAUAUCAUGAGGGACCUGGAAGCCCUGGUCACAGACAAAUCCUUCAUUGGCCAGCAGUUUGCUGUGGGGAGCCAUGUCUACAGUGUGGCGAAGACGGAUAGCUUUGAAUACGUGGACCCUGUGGAUGGCACUGUGACCAAGAAACAGGGCCUGAGGAUCAUUUUCUCGGAUGCGUCACGGCUCAUCUUCCGGCUCAGUUCCUCCAGUGGUGUGCGGGCCACCCUCAGACUGUACGCAGAGAGCUACGAGAGGGACCCCAGCGGCCAUGACCAGGAGCCACAGGCAGUGCUGAGCCCUCUCAUAGCCAUCGCACUGAAAAUAUCCCAGAUUCAUGAGAGAACUGGCCGGAGGGGACCCACUGUCAUCACCUGAGUAGCGGAAAGAUCACUCAUCAGGGCCAAAGAGAGUGCUCAGCGGGAGAUGCUUCACUGAUGCCUUCUUGCUACCUGUUUGUGCCUCUUAUGACUUUGGAAAAACAAAAGAUAUUUUGCUUUUGGGGGACAGAGGGUGGGUGGGAAAAGAAAAAAGUUCCAUUUGGUUUUGGUUUUGUCCCAUUCCUCCAAAUGCAACAGGGCCUUUAGCUGUCUGUUAAAGCUGCACAAUCAUUUGAUAUCUACAUUUCGUCACACAAAGGAACCUCCCCUUUUGACAAUGACUGGGCUAGGCAGCUGUUAAUCACAACAUCUGUGCAUCAUUGGUGCCAAGCGAGAGAAUGUUCUAAAAUCACAAGAGAGAACAGUGCCGGAAUUAAGCUGACCCUAAGUCCCAGGUGCCCCUGGGCAGGCAGAAGGAAACACUCCCAGUGUGGAGAAGGGUUUAGCUUUUCAUCCUAUGUCAGGUCUACAAUGGGGGAAGGUUUUAUUACAGAACUCCCAACAGCCCAUGUCACUCCUACCACCCACCUGAUGGCCCUGCCUCCCCCAUCCCAUCCCCAACAUCCCUGUACCACCUUCUCUCACAUCUUCUAAAGCUUUCUACAGAUCACAAUGGCACACUUCCAACAAAAUAUAUCAAUAGGUGUUUUCCUCUCUUAUUUUGUAAACAAUAUUAUUUUAGCUAUUAAGCUGGAUACCUUCUUUCAAAUUCAGCCAUUCAGUUGUAAAGGUGGGAAGAAGUUUCUUGACAAGACUCUGCAAUUAAAUGCUUACAAUUUGGGGAGACCCUUCCUUGAUUACAUCAAGUAUGUUGGUACAUGGGUUUAUACAAGUUCCUCUUGAGAAGACAAAAAGACCACCAUGUGUGAGAGCUCUUUGACUUUGCCAAUAGGGGCCUAUCUUAAUGCACUUGUUUGGACACGGUUCUGAUCUUAUUUGUAAUGGCUGCAAAAGGAGAGGAUGAAAUGCUGUAAAAGUAGGAAAUGAAGUGGAUGCUGGAAGAAAAUGUAAUUGGUGGUACAGCUAUGGGCCGGAUGAUGGAGGGGAGGGUGGGGACCCCUGCCGGCAAGCAGGGGGUCACAGCUGGCUUUCCUUGCUUAGGAAAAGGGUACUGCAGCUCCAGCAGCCUCCUCUGUACUCAGCCAGGACACCCGUGGGACCUGUUUGCAUCUGUUUUGCUUCUUUGGGAACGGCACAGUCACUUAUCCUGCCAUUUGCGGAGAUGACCUGGUGCACUUUGACUGUUGAGCAAUGCAUUAUUGCUGUAGUCAAGGUUAGUGCAAGCAAGGAAACAUUCCCAGUAAGGUAUUUGUUUCCAUUUUCUGUCUAUGCUUCUGUCAGAAACUUGCUAGGACAUUUAGUGGCCAAUAAAAAAGAAAUUCCUAAUUUCAACCUUA